AGACUGGCUUGAGCCGCGAUCCGGAGGAAACCCUAGCUCCCCCCCGCCCGCCUCGAUCCCGCGUCCGCCACCGCCACCGCCACCGCCACCGCCACCGCCACCGCCACGAUGUUCCUCACGAGGACGGAGUACGACCGCGGGGUGAACACCUUCUCACCGGAGGGGCGGCUGUUCCAGGUCGAGUACGCCAUUGAGGCCAUCAAGUUGGGAUCAACUGCGAUUGGGUUGAAGACCAAGGAUGGUGUUGUCCUGGCUGUGGAGAAACGUGUGACCUCACCACUACUGGAACCAAGCAGUGUGGAGAAAAUCAUGGAAAUUGAUGAACACAUAGGCUGUGCUAUGAGUGGCCUUAUUGCUGAUGCUAGAACACUGGUUGAGCAUGCUCGUGUUGAGACUCAGAAUCAUAGGUUCUCGUAUGGGGAGCCAAUGACGGUAGAAUCUACUACACAAGCUAUCUGUGACUUAGCUUUGCGCUUCGGUGAAGGUGAUGAAGAGUCAAUGUCACGACCAUUCGGAGUCUCUCUCCUAAUUGCUGGUCAUGAUGAGAAUGGACCCAGCUUGUACUACACUGACCCAUCUGGAACCUUUUGGCAAUGCAAUGCCAAGGCAAUUGGAUCAGGUUCUGAAGGAGCUGAUAGCUCGUUACAGGAGCAGUAUAAUAAGGAAUUGACCUUCCAGGAGGCUGAGACCAUAGCCCUCUCUAUCUUGAAGCAGGUUAUGGAAGAAAAGGUAACUCCAAACAACGUGGAUAUCGCAAAGGUUUCUCCCAACUACCACCUCUACACCCCUGCAGAGGUCGAAGCUGUCAUUGCACGGUUGUGAGAACAUAGCCAUCGCGUGCUAUUUUAUGAGCCCUAAGACAGUCUCUGUAUGAACUUCCUGAAUGGUAUUACCAGCCCAGUCAUUGUUUGCUAUGGCUGUCAUGUUGUGUUAACAAGACAGUGGCUGCUUAGAGUUUACUGCCUCUGAUAGUCUGUUGUGAAGCCGCCCAGUCAUUUGCUUGUUUCCAACAGUAUUCAGACCGUGUAUUAUGAUGAAAGAGAAUGCUCGUCGUUUUCAAGAUUUGAUUGCAACCUUUAAGAUAGUCCA